AUGGAUAAUUUAAAGGAAAUAAAUAAUGAUAAAUUAUUUUUUAAAGUUUUUAGAAAUAUUUAUUUAAAAAUGGUUAUAUUUUAUCAUAUUAAAUUAUUAAAUUAUUAUGAAAUUAAAGAUAAUUAUACAUUUACAAUAGAACAAUUUCAAUCAUUUAAAUUUAAAGAUCAUUUAUUAAAGUUAAGAUUAAUAGAACCAAUACAAAAAUUAGCAGCAGCAGCAACAACAACAACAACAACAACAACAACAACAACAACAAAUAAUUAUUAUACAAAAGGUGAACUUUCAAAAUUAAUACCAAAUUCAGUUAAAAGUUUAUCAAUAGAUAUUAAUAAUCAAUUAGUAGUUGGUGAUAUAAAAGAUGGUUUAACAAGUUUAAAAUUUGGUAAAAGAUUUGAUCAAAUAUUAACACCAGGAUUAUUAGUAACGGAUGGUUCAUCAUUGGUUGAGUUUAAUUCAGGUAGUGCAUUUAGGAAUGGUGAUUUAGAUUUACAAGUUGGGUCAAUACCUUCAUCUAUUAAAUCAUUAACAUUAGGUCACAGUUUUAAUUCAGUUAUUAAUGAAAAUGUUUUACCAGAAGGAUUGGUAAAAUUAAGAUUUAAAGGAUUUAAUAAAAUGAUUGUAAGGAAUUCUUUACCAAAUUCAUUAUUGGAAUUGGAAUUUGGUAGAAAUUUCAAUAGAGCUAUAAGUGCGCAUGGAACAUUACCAAAAUCAUUGACAUCGCUAACGUUGGGUAUCCACUUUACCCAUGUUAUCCAUAUUGGUACUUUACCACCAACACUAAAGAAACUAAUUAUUCAAUCGGUUGGAUAUAAUCAAAAAUUUGAAAAAAAGGCAUUACCAGAUUCAUUGGAGCAUUUGGAGUUCAAUAAAAAUGGGUUCUUUAAUCAACCAAUUGCUGAUAAAUUUUUACCACCAAAUUUGAAGACUUUGAUUCUUCCAAAACAAUGGUCAAAUAAUUAUGAACCAAUUCUAGCACUCCAAUUACCAAUCAAUUUAACUGAUUUACAAUUUUACUCGAAUGAAUGUUCUUUAUUUUUACAAAAUGAUUCAAUACCAUCAACAGUUUUAAAUUUGAGGAUUAAUGGUAUACUUGGUAAUCAUUAUAGUUUUACAAGGGGUGCUAAAAGGUUACAAGGAAAUAUUAUACCUCCAUCUAUUACCUCUAUUGAAACUGGUACGGUUAUUAAUCUUUCACAUUGUAUAAAUUUAAAGAAUUUCAAAUUUGAUGAAAGUUUUGAUCAGAGGUCUCUAUCAAAAGGUUAUAUACCAUCAACUAUAACAAAUUUAAAACUUCCACCAUUAUGGAAUAGAGAAUUGGUAUGUGCUAAUGGUUUUGAUUUAUUUCCAAAUUGUUUAAAAUUUUUAGAUUUAGCAUCUUAUAAUUAUCCAAUUGGUGAAAAUGUUUUACCACCAAAUUUAGAAUCAUUAAUAAUUAAUAGUUGGAAUUUACCAAUUGAAAAAAAUACAUUACCUCAAUCUAUAACUUAUUUAUCAAUGAAAUCAUUCAAUCAAAGAUUAACUCCAUCAUCUUUACCAAAAAAUUUAAAAACUUUAAUUCUUCAUAAAUAUAAUGUAUUAUUAGUACCAAAUUGUUUCCCACAAUCAAUUAGACUUAUAAAACUUGGUUCAAUCUUUGAAAGAAACAAUAUCCUAUAUCCAUUCAAUAAUAAUGUUACAAUUAUAUUUGGUAAAAAUGAUAUUAAUUUUCCAAUUUAUCCAAAAUUUGAAAAUAAAUUACGUUGUAGUGCAUAA